CCCUCCACACCGAGAGGCGCAGGCUUGCGUCAGCAGCGCGCGACGUGGGGUCUCCCAGCUCGGGAUUCCGAGCUUCUUUACAGCAUGUCCGUCAUCUUCGCUCCUGACUGGUUACGCGGCAAGGCCAAGGUCAACCAGGAGACUAUCCAGCGGCUCCUGGAGGAGAAUGACCAGCUGAUCCGCUGUAUCGUGGAGUAUCAGAACAAGGGUCGAGCGAACGAGUGCGUCCAGUAUCAGCAUGUGUUACAUAGAAAUCUCAUUUAUUUGGCCACCAUCGCAGACGCCAACACAAGCAGUCUUACAAAGGCAGUGGAAUAGUCUUCCAGAGGGCUGUGAUGAGCAGUGACUGCAUGGAACCCAUCUCCUGUGAAAUAGAGCGCUGCUUAGAACAUGGCGAAAGGUGCCAUUCAUUUUAGACUGUGAUGAAACUUGCUACCAACUCUACCAUAUUCUUACUGUAAAUAUUUUAGUGAUAAAACAGAUCCCACAGUAAAACUGUGAGGACCUGAGGCAUGUGUGACGGCAGUGUCAUUGUCAACAAUACUGCUUCAUUAUCUAAUACUGUGUAAUAAUAAAUGAUGCACGCCUCUCCCCAGUGUCCCACAUCCACUGAUGCCAUGUUCACACAGCCCUGUUUUCUCCUUUCUGUCACCUCUUCUGCUAGGUUAUAAACUGUUGAAACCUUGUCAGGGAGAGAGGUUGAAGCAAGCACCCCUGCUUGAGGCACAAGCAAAGGGUACAGCGACGGGAGGUGGAGGCAGGACGUCAAGGUCAACCUGGGCCACAGGAGCCCCAGAAAAAGGAAAAGUGUUUUUGUUAGCAUACACGUGAUCGGUUUAAUGGCAUUUUCACACGUAUAGAUAAUGUAUCUGGUCACCUUCGCCCCCAUUACUCUCGUUUCCUUCCUGCUUGAAAGCUUGAUAGACAACAUGGAUGCGAUUUAAAGAUACUUUGCUUUCAUACUGUGAAACCAGCCAGCAUAAAGGACAGACUCCGUAAGUGUCUGUCCACUUUCUAUUGCUGUGAUACAGCACCAUGAUGAAAGCAGCUUGUGGAGGAUAGAUCUGUGUUGGCUUAAAUGUCCUAAUUACAGUCCAUCAUGCAGGGAAGUCAGGGCAGGAACCUGGGGGCUGCAACUGAAGCAGGGCCCUUGGAAGACGCUGGCUUAUUUUCUUUGUUGAAAAGAUUGAGGAUCUGUUAGUUGUUCAGGCCUUGAGGCUGGAUGUCUCGGCGAUCCCAAUCUUGCCCUGAGGCCUGGGGGAUUCCCGGAGAGCUGCUGGUCUUCAGUCUGUGUAGGAAUCCCAGAUAAGUUGGAUCGAAUACCAACCAAGACAGUAAUGACUCAGUGACCAGAUGAAUGAGCUGGUAGAGUAUGGCGAGCAAAACUCCAAGUUUCCUUCUAUGCCCUUUUGUAAGUGCGGCUCAGUUUAGAGUUAGUCUUCAGCUUUCCAGUAAUCCAGGAAAGUUUACAGGAGUGCCAGAGCUUAGACUUAGGUUCCAGAUGCAGUCGAGUUGGCAGCCAGAGUAGACCGCCACAGUGAUUCUACACACAGGAAGUAGAAGUGUGGAUGUGCAGAGUGGGUAUAAAGACUGAGGGAGCUGUGUUCUUCCAGAUAACAAACUUUCCGAGUUGGUGAUGGCUACAGCCACAAGGUGAGUGCUUCAUACCACUGAACUGCGCUCUAAGAUGGCUUUAGAUUGGUAAAGAUGAUAUGAUGCAAACUUGACAGUUUUAUACAAGCAGGGUGGCACUGAUAAUUGUAUGUGGUCAUACAAGCAACUUAUGGGUUUAAAAUAAAGGGGCAUUUGUUUAAGCCUAGGCGGGGCUCCAAGAGUCCCACCACACCUGAGACAUGAAGACUGGAUUUAAACAUAGAAGGAGAAACUCAAAUUCCCAGAUGAACACAGACAAAGUUUUCAGGAAUGUGAAGUCUACACAUCCAUUUCUCUCCCCUUCCCUUGUCUGUCUCUUCCAUCUCCCUCCCCUUCUUGUCUCCCUCCGUUUUCUGCUGUUGCAGAUGGAACCCAGAGCAUGUCUGUACCACUGAGGUACAUCCCCAGCCUCUGGGGAAUUCUGAGUGCAGAAGCACAAGACUGAAGGAAACAACAACAAAAAGCCGGAUCAACUGACCACCAGAAUAAGACACUUUGCCAGGGCUAGUCCUGCUAAGUGUAGUUCUUACCCCUCACUGAGGAAACAACUCCCACACCUAAGCUCAAGGUGUGUUUCCUAUAGAGGAGACAAAAAGAUCGUAAGAGUCAGAGAAUCGGAGUUUGCUGUGAGAUUUUUGUCUCCUUGUAAUGUCAGAAACUACACCAUAAGUCUCACCAACUUGACUGCUUAACAUGGACAACAGAAAUGCCAAACUGGAGUCCUCAACUCUAUACAAAGAACUACUGGCAACUAAGGAGUACUGAGAGUGAGAGAAAUCGUCUACCCCAAGGAAGAACAGGCCAACUGGUCAUAUGAAUAGACUGAGCAGAUUGUGCUUAGGGAUAUAUACGUAUGUAUAUAUACAUGUAGAAACAAUGCAUUUAUCCCCCAAAAUAAAACUAGUUUUUAAAAAACAAA